GCGGCGGCCCGGGCGGUCGGUCAGCGGCGGUGGCAGGGACAAGAUGGCAGCUUCCUCUGUGUGCCGGGCCGGCUGCGUGGCGGGGCGGGCUCUGCUCCGCGGCCCUCGCCCCUCUGCAGCUUUGUUGACUUUGACAAGGAACCGAGGUGCUGCCACCUAUGCCCAGACACUCCAAAAUAUCCCUGAGACCCACGUCACCACUCUGGACAAUGGUCUUCGUGUUGCUUCAGAGGAGUCCAAUCAGCCAACAUGCACGGUGGGUGUGUGGAUCGCAGCGGGGAGCCGCUACGAGAACGAGAAGAACAACGGUGCCGGUUACUUCCUAGAACAUCUGGCCUUUAAGGGCACGAAGAACCGUCCUGGCACUGCCUUUGAGAAGGAGGUGGAGAGCAUGGGAGCUCACCUGAAUGGGUACACCUCACGUGAGCAGACUGCCUAUUACAUAAAAGCCUUCUCCAAGGACAUGCCCAAAGUUGUGGAGCUUCUGGCUGACAUGGUGCAGAACUGUUCUCUGGAGGAGUCUCAGAUCGAGAAGGAACGUGGUGUCAUCCUUCAGGAGCUGAAAGAGAACGACAGCAACUUGACAGAGGUUACCUUCGAUUACCUUCAUGCCACGGCUUUCCAGGGGACUGCGCUGGCCCGCACUGUUGAGGGGACCACAGAGAACAUCAAGCAUCUGACUCGAUCAGAUCUUGCUUCCUACGUUGAUAGUCACUUCAAGGCACCUCGUAUGGUCCUGGCAGCUGCUGGAGGUAUUUCCCACAAAGAGCUGGUAGAUGCAGCUAAGCAGCACUUCAGUGGAGUGCCUUUCACAUACAAAGAGGAUGCUGUGCCUGUCCUUCCGCGCUGUCGCUUCACGGGGAGUGAGAUCCGUGCCAGAGAUGAUGCCCUGCCUGUUGCCCAUAUUGCUCUUGCUGUGGAGGGGCCGGGGUGGGCUGAUCCAGACAACGUUGUCCUCAAUGUGGCUAAUGCCAUCAUUGGACGCUACGACCGUACUUUCGGAGGUGGUAAGAAUCAGUCCAGCAGGCUGGCUGUGCUUGCUGUGGAGCACAAGCUCUGCCACAGUUUCCAGACAUUCAACACCUCUUACUCUGAUACCGGCCUCUUCGGGUUCCAUUUUGUUUCCGAUCCUCUGUCCAUAGAUGAUAUGAUGUACUGUGCCCAGGGGGAGUGGAUGCGUCUGUGCACUAGCGCCACAGAGUCAGAGGUGAAGAGAGCCAAGAACUGCCUCCGAAACGCUCUGGUGGCUCAGCUGGAUGGUACUACACCAGUGUGUGAGAACAUUGGAAGCCAUCUCUUAAACUAUGGACGCCGUAUCCCCCUGGAGGAGUGGGAUGCCAGGAUUGCUGCUGUUGAUGCAAGAAUGGUGAGAGAUGUCUGCAGUAAGUACAUUUAUGACAAGUGCCCAGCAAUUGCAGCAGUUGGUCCCAUUGAGCAGCUCUUCGAUUACAACCGCAUCCGCAGUGGCAUGUACUGGGCCCGUUUCUAGGACCUGUCCCUGCCAGUUGGAAACAGUGAAGCUGAGGACUGUAACAGGCUCCUUCUGGAUCUGAAUGUCUUGUGCAGCAGGGGCAAGAGGAGUCCCAUCAAAAUGGCUGUCUUCUCGGUGUUAAAUGUGUAAAAAUAAAUAUAUCCUACCUGGAUUGGUUCUGCUGGGAGUCAACU